AUGUUGUUCUUGAUCGGAUUAGGAUUAGGAAACGCGGACGACAUCACCGUUAAAGGUUUGAAACUUCUUCAACAGUCCAGCAAGAUUUAUUUAGAAAAUUAUACAUCUAUCCUCAGCAUUGGAAAAAAUGAAUUGGAAAAGGUCUAUGGAAGAGAAUUAAUAUUAGCUGACAGAGAAAUGGUGGAGCAAAAUGCUGAUGUUAUAUUGGAUGAGGCUGAGAGGGAAGAUGUAUCAUUUUUAGUUGUUGGCGAUCCUUUUGGAGCCACGACACAUUCCGACCUGUUGUUACGAGCCAAAGAAAGAAAUAUUAAAACUCAGAUUGUCCACAACGCUUCCAUCUGUAACGCUGUUGGCUGCUGUGGUCUCCAGCUGUACAAAUUUGGAGAAACAGUUUCCAUCGUAUUUUGGGAGAUUGAUUGGCAGCCAGAGAGUUUUUAUGACAAAAUACUAGCAAAUAAAGAAAGAGGCCUGCACACACUUUGCCUGCUUGACAUAAAAAUAAAAGAAAAAUCUGUAGAGAACAUUAUAAAGAAUAGAAACAUCUAUGAACCAGAAAGAUUCAUGACAGUGAAUGUCGCAAUUGAGCAAAUCCUUGAAAUAUCAAAAAGGAGGAACUGUCAAGUGAUCACGCCACAGACCAAAGGUGUUGGACUUGCAAGGAUUGGGGCAGACAACCAGCUUAUCAAAUAUGGCUCACUGGAAGAAUUGAAGAUCUUCAACUUUGGACCCAAACUACAUUCAUUAGUUAUAAUUGGGGAUUUACAUCCUUUAGAACAUGAUUUGUUAUGCAAUUUUUCUUCAUGA